CCCACAUGUCGCCUCACGAGCCCCAGCUAAAACCCUACUAGACUGCUAUUUCACUACUACCAUACUAAACUACUAAACACUACUAAACCACUACUAACCAAACCAACUCAAUGCAAUACCCAAUAUCCUAAACCUAUUCGGGACUUAGUCCUCCCCCCGACUGACAAACUCCUAAUUUCACAUAUCUUCCUCCCAAUCCCCUCUAGAAAACGAGCUCGAUUUGUUCUCAUACUUCUUCAUCGUCGACCUUCGUCCUCUCCUCCCCGUCGUCGCUCUCCCUAAUACUCGCCUCAAUCUCUCCUUCAGAAGACGAUCCCCCUUUCGAUUCUCACCUGCGUCCCAACUUCCCAUCCAGGUCGCGCAUUUAACCGUCUACUUCAAAUCAACCCAAACAACACCCCCGACGUUUCGCCGUUUUCACUUAUAAACGAGCAGCUAUGAGUCUUAAUAAGGGCGAGACUGGCGAUAGCCAGGUCGAGAAUAACAUCGAGAACGCCGAGAAGCCCCAGAGAGGCAAGUUCAUGACUCUCGUCAGGAAGUACUGGUGGGUGCUCGUGAUCAUGUUCUGCUGCGGUGUGCUCAUCGUAACUCUUCCUCUCGUCCUCGUCGGGUUCCCCCGCAUCAUCCAGGACAAGGUCAACAAGUCCACCCUGAGCAUCGACGGCAUCUCCGUCACCAACACCAAGACGAACACCGUGCAGAUCUCCAUCAACUCCACCGUAUCGAGCUCCAACUCCAUCCCCGCCGUCGUCGACGGCUUCGACGCCAUCAUGUACCUCGAGGACAAGCUCCCGCACACCCCCAUCAUGACCCUCCGCAUGCCCGAGACCAAGACCGGCCUGGCCAUCGUCAACGUCACCCAGGAGAUCAACGGCACCGCCCUCCAGCCCUUCAUCGACUUCAACUCGUGGUACCUCUGGAACUCGUCCCUGGCCGUCACCAUCGAGGGCGAGACGCACGUGCACGUCAAGGGCCUCAAGGCCGCAAAGGUCUCCUUCAAGAAGACUGUCACCCUCGUCGGCAUCAACGGCUUCAAGGGCCUCGCGGUCACCAAGGCCAACGUCUCCCUCUCUACCGGCGAGAACUUCCACGGCUACGCAAACAUCCCCAACCCCUCCAUCCUCACCUUCGAGGUCGGCAACGCCACCUUCGCAAACUACUUUGAGCAGGAGAAGAUCGGAACUCUGUACAUCGACGACAUGUUCAUCCGCCCGGGAAUCAACAACGUCAGCGUCCGCGCAGAAAUCGAGCAGGCGCCCAUCCUCCUCGCCCUCCGCAAGAAGCCGUACUGUACCGAUGGUGUCAUGCCUUUCGAUCUUAUGGGCGAGAGCGUCAUCAACCACGGACAGCCGCUGCCGUACUUCGCUGAUGCGCUUGCGCUUCACGCUCAGUCUACGUCGAUUGGUGUUGGAGAGGCGCUUUUCGAGACUACUGGAGCGAAGUUAUAUAACUGCUCUGGUGCUGCUUAAGUGGGUGUGUUGAGUUGAGUUGAGUGGGUGGUUGUUGUUGUUGUUGUUGUUGUCAUGUCACGAAUAUGCGUUUGGAUCUUAUACUUUGUUUAAUCUCGGGAUGCAAUUUGUUGCAGUGCUACUGUGAGGGGAGGGAAGAGGAGGAGGAGACGGACGAGAGAAAGGAGGAGGAAGGAAGAGAGGGGACUGUAGAUAGGAUUGAUAGGAUGAUAAAAUACCCAGUUUCGCGUUUUUUCAACACACAGAACAAAAACGGCCAUCUAUCACUCAGAAA